GUUCUCGUUUCUGCAUCGUCUGCUAGUGUCUGUUCAGACAGCUUAGCAUAGCGGAGGGCCACGCGAUAUGGCUUCGUUCGCUCGCGCAUUAUUGCGGUUAAUCUUUAAAAGGAAGCCACAAGAAGGACGCAUAGAGGAAGGCCGCAUCCACGAGGAGCAGGGAGCUCAUCAUGCCGGCUCUCAUGUGGGCUUCGGCUCGACCACCUUCGCUUCAACGUUAGAAGGUGCUUCGAAUGUGCUUCCUCACAGUCCCCGAAGCUACCUCGUCCCUGAAGAUGACCGGUUAAGGCUAUUUCGCCUUAUGGUUGGGAUUACUACCUCACCAUACCUAGGCUACAGUGAAUCGAGCCCUAUAGGAACACGCCCAGCGGCUAAUAUCGGCAUAUACGCCCGAGUGGUGUAUUCUGAACAAAAGUCCAAGGAUCGCUACAAAGUUUUCUCAAUCCUUAUCAACGUCUGCUACUUCCUGCAAAUAGUGGUCGCGGCAUCUAUCACGGCCAUGGGAGCUGCGGGGGUCAGCCACGGCGCAGUAACAGCUUUCGGCGCCAUCAACACCAUCAUCGCAGGGCUUCUCACAUUCCUCAAGGGCAGCGGGCUGCCCUCACGUUUGAAGUACUACGGCAACGAAUGGAGGAAGAUACGAGAAUUCAUCGAGCAACGAGAACGUGACUUCUCUCGCACCAACUGUACCCUAGACGUCUACGAGGUAGUUGCGGCUGUCGACCGAAUGUACAAUAACACUAAACAAGAAAUUGAGAUGAAUACCCCUGACAGCUAUACCUCAGUAACGAGUGGCUUGCGGUUUAGGAAUGGCAGUCAUGAGAAGGUCGACGUUACGAAACUCGAAGGCCUAGCAACUCGACUCAAUGGCCUAACUGCCGGUAUCGAAGACAAGGCACAGCAUGUUCGGGACCGUAUACAUGAGCAUGGAAGAGGGGUACAAGAGGAUAUACGUGGAGUAGGAGAGACUGCGAAAGGCCAAGUUGAAGAGAGCGCGGCGUAUCUAGAUCGAGAAGCCCGAGAGCGCCGCGCACAAGCGGCACGGGCAGUCGACCAAGGAAAAAAUGAGGUGCUGGAUAGUAAGGAUAGGAUAGAGCAUACGGGAAGACAAGCAGUCAGAGAUGCGAACGAGACGCAUAGGACAGCGAUAGGAGAGAUGAGAUCGGCAGCGUCUGCGCAGAUGCACAGAGCUGUAGACAAGUUAGGACACCAUCACGAUCACCACGAUUCAAAACACGAAGAUGAAGGAUAACGAUAGAUAGGACGGGUAUGUAUUGUGUAAUCAACGCAUGCGGAUCUCGGGAGGGGCGCUAUGGAAAAGGGAUCUGAUUAAUGUAUGUAUUUUUAUCACUUUGCCUAAGAUAUCCCAAAGUUUGGCAUAUAUACAUCUGAUGUCAAACCUGCUUAUAUUAUACUACAUACUAUGUAAUACACUAAUAUAUCUAUGUUACUAUUUGCGAA